CAAAACCGAGAGCCCAAAAACCUUAACAAAACCUUUUACAGCAGCUACAUACAGGCAAGCACUCAGCAGCAAGUGCAAAUCACUGUUCUUGCUGAUUGCUAUCAAUUUUGUACAGAGAAGAAGAAGUUUCUUUUCUUGAAACUGAAUGGAACCCAUAUGCCCAAUUGAUAGCAGCUGCUCCAACCAAAUCUCACUUCUUCUCAAUCCCCCUUCUCCUCCCCAAGUCCAGAAAUAUUUUGAGGAGCUUAUAAAGACUAGACAAUCUUGUGGGCUUGAAGUUAGAACCAAUGGGAAGCAUGCAAAAGGGGUUUAUGCUAAGGUAGACUUCAAAGAAGGGGACCUUGUUUUGAAGGACCCAGUGCUCUUCGGAAUCCAACAUUCUUCAAAUAAGAUGGAUUGUUUAGUAUGCAGUCACUGUUUUCAGUUUAUAGGCUCAGUAGAGCUUCAAAUAGGGAGGAAACUGUAUCUACGAAAUUUAGCUGAUGCAUCAGGAAGUAAUAGUGGAAAGAGAAAAUUUUCAAGCGCUUUAAAAGAUUGUAGUGGUCAAUGUAAUGAAUCACGUGAUCAUGGUGAUUCAGAUGUUGAAGAAUAUGAUGUGGACCGAUGUGGUCUGAGCGAUUCCAAAAGUAAUACUAAUAUUAUACCUAAAGAUGUUAUAGACUCGCUUAUGGAGGGCGGCUUAAAAUUGCCUCAUUCUGAUAUUGUCUCAUUGCCUGCGGUUGUGUCUUGUCCUGGUAAAUGCAAGGAAGCAUACUAUUGCAGCCAAUCAUGUGCUGAGGCUGAUUGGAACUUGUAUCACUCUUUGCUUUGUACUGGGAAGGGAUCCAAAUCAUUGAGCACUGAGGCACUUUCAGUAUUCAUACAACAUGCUAAUGAAACAAACGAUAUCUUCCUUCUUGCCGCCAAGGUGAUCUCAUUCACAAUUUUGAGGUAUAGGAAGUUGAAGACGGUUUACUUUGAAGAAAAAGAAAAGCAUGAUGCUCCCAGUAUUUUGGGCAGUUGUAACUUUUCUCUCUUGUUAGAGGCAUGGGAGCCUGUGUCAAUGGGAUAUAAGAGAAGGUGGUGGAACUGCAUUUCCUUGCCCGAUGAUGUCGAUUGCCAUGACGAGGUUGCAUUUAGGUUGCAAAUAAAAGAGCUGGCAUUUACGUCAUUACAGCUCCUAAAGGCAGCUAUAUUUGACAAGGAAUGUGAACCAUUAUUUUCCCUUGAAAUCUACGGUCACAUUAUCGGCAUGUUUGAGCUAAAUAACCUUGAUUUGGUUGUAGAAUCACCAGUAGAGAACUAUUUCCUGUAUAUUGAUGAUCUUCCAGACUCAGAAAAGGAAAAAGCUGAAAAAGUUACAGAGUCUUUUCUGGAUGCUCUUGGUGACGAGUAUUCUGGUUGUUGUGAAGGGACUGCAUUCUUUCCUUUGCAGAGUUGUAUGAACCACUCCUGUAAUCCUAAUGCCAAAGCAUUUAAACGAGAAGAGGAUAGAGAUGGCCAAGCAGUCCUUGUUGCCCUCCAACCAAUUCACAAGGGAGAAGAGGUUACCAUAUCAUAUAUAGAUGAGGAGCUUCCUUAUGAAGAAAGGCAGUCAUUACUUGCAGAUUAUGGUUUUAGAUGUAGAUGCCCAAAAUGUUUGGAUGAAGAGCUGCCAUCUUGAUGUAAAUCCAGUCUUUGAUCUCGGGUCAUUGGAUGAGACAGUGUCCAAGUGCUCCAGAGAAAUAUACCUCUUUAAAAGCUCAGAUAGUGGAACUGAUGUCUACAAGGACAUGAGCUGACAUUGUAGUUUGAGCAAACUAUAGUGCAAUGCUCAUUUUUCACCUGCAUAGCAAAAUGCAUGUGGUGGCAAGAACUCUAUCUGGAAGCUUAACACCUUGCUUUGCUAAAUUUUGGAAUGCCAACUAGUCGAUAGAUCAGUGUGAUGUUCAUUUUUCGGAGUCUGCACUAAAUUAUUCAGUUCUGAAUUUUGAUAGAAUCUUUAUUAGGAAUGAUUUUGGGGUAGCAAUAUUCGCACUUUUGGUCA